AAGAUCAAAACAUACUUGACUUUGAAGAUCGGAGACCUGAAGAUCGGAAUUUGAUUUCUUCCUCCACCCCUAUCAACAAAGAUAAUGUCCACUUAAUUAUGGAGGAAAUCGCUAAAGUAUUUCGAGAUGCAGCAACCGAAGCUAAUGCAAGAGCAAGUGAAGCGCAAGAACAGAAUAGGACCCAAGGUCAAGAAAGGACCCAAAAUCAACCAAACUAA